CGAACACUAGUUCUGCGCCGGUAUUUGUUUACCCCGGCCUGAACCAUUACACAUCGCAAAUCAAUUAACGAUAAAAUACAUAUUCCAACUCAUUAUUCAAUCCCUACGUUUCCCUAUAUAACUACAGACGGGUUUACACACAUACAAUACUAUUAUACUACACAGCACUCUAAAUCAGUUACAAGUUGUCACACCCCCUCUCAUCACACCAACUUGGCCUGUGCACGUCUGACGUGGAUGCGCCCAACGUUCAAAGGUCAUUCCCGACUUUCUGAUCUGGUUGUUCCUCUGUCGCAUCUGCUUGCAAGCCACACGCGUUCAGUCCCCGUAUGUUUUGGUGGAUGUAUGUCCCAUAUGAGAAGCAAUCAUGGGAGGAGCUAAUAUAAAACCAGAGCUUACAUUGCAGCUGCAGGACCAGAGAGUGAAAUUAAACGAGGACAUUGUAUUCCAGUGUAAGGCCAACGACCUUGAGGACGUAAAGGUCAUAUGGGAGAAGGAUGGACUGACGUUGCAUAAAAGUUAUAGGAUCUGCAUCAAGCAGAGUGGGACAGAAUUAAGUCUGACGAUCAAGUGUGCCAAGGGAGAAGAUGAGGGCAACUACACCCUAUGGCUCAGGAAAGGUUCAGACAGUGUCUCACACUCAGUUAAAGUCACUCUUCUUGAGUAUGACAAGAAUUGGCGGUCCAUAGAAUGGCGGGAAAAGCUGGACAUCAAGCACAACUUAGAGGACCUCACACUCAAAAACCCACAGGUAAAACACCUGAACUUCCUGCUGCUUGGCCCUGUGGGGACUGGGAAGUCCAGCAUCAUCAACUCCAUCCAAAGCGUCUUCAAGAACAGAGUCGAAGUUGGGGCGCUGGUCGCUGCAGAGGCUGGCACAAGUUUCACGUUAGCUUACAACAACUAUCAAAUUAAAAACAGCGAAAACAAAGCUUUGCCGUAUGUAUUCAGUGACAUCAUGGGUCUGGAGAAUGAUGAUAUGGAAGGGUCGCAUCCUGAUGACAUCAUCAGUAUGUUAAAAGGACAUGUCAGAGAGGGUUACAGGUUAAAUCCUAGGUGCGCAUUGACCGAAAACAACCAAAAUUACAACAGCAGUCCUACUCCGGGUGAUAAGAUCCAUUGUCUGAUCAGUGUGCUCCCAGCUGAUAAAAUAUCUCUGAUGGAGAAAAAGGUUUUUGAAAAGAUGGAUGUCAUCAGAAAGAAAGCCAGUGGCAUGAAUAUCCCUCAGGUGGUUUUCAUGACGCGUGUGGACUUGGCCUGUCCUCUAGUAAAGGAUGACCUGCAGUGCAUCUAUUCAAGCAAAAAUAUAAAGCGGAAAAUGCAGGAGUGCAGUAACUCGGUGGGUCUUCCCAUGAACUGCAUCUUCCCAGUGAAGAACUACCACGAGGAGAACAAACUGGACGGGAAAAUGGACAGCUUGAUACUGGAUGCUCUGAAGAACGUUGUAAACUUUGCUGAAAGCUAUGUGGAUCGCCUUUACCAUCUUGAGCAUUAACAAAAAAACUAUGAAGUAGUAUUCCACAAAAUGGUGUCUGUAAGUCCCCAUUAAGCCAGAUAGCAUAACAUGUCUUGGGUCCUCCUUUGAAUUCCUGACAUCUUGAGCAUUAACAAGAAAACUAUGUAGUAUUCCACAAAAUGGUGUCUCCCUUUGUUGAUCUUCAAUAAAAGCAUUACUACUCAACGAA